UAUUAUUUAUAAGUCUCGAUUGGGACUCAUGAGUAGAAGAGGCCCUUGAGAUGGGUCCCAUGGAUAAAAAUCAGUAGAGAAAAUUUGAUUAGAAUAUUUCGCUUAUGCGGAUUUUAAAGUAGAAUCAUUUUUGAGAAUAGUUCAUGCAUAAAAAAAUUUCCUAUUGUGCUUGUAGUUCAUGUUUUAUCCAUAGCUAUCGCUUAAGUCGUUGAAUAUGCUACGAGCAAAAGGUGUUUAAUAGUCUUAAAUUUAUAUGAUAUACAAAUAGAAGUGAAUUUAUAUUCUUAGAAACGAAAACAAAUAAUUUGUUUUUUUUUUUGUCUAAUUCGCACUUCUAAUAUUGAAAACUUUAAUAACAUUAAAGCGUAUUAUUUAGAUUAUGCAGGAAUUUCCUUACAUAUUGUCGGAAUGCGAAGAAAUAAAUCAAGUGUUACACAAGCCUAUAAACUCGACACAAAGAAUUAAGUAUACAUGUCUUAAUGUUUCACAAAAUUACAUUAUACUUGGAUCAACUAGUGGAAGUAUCUACCUCUUCAACAGAGAACCAUGUUCUUUUCGACAAUUAAUACCAUUAUCGGAAGGCAUAGUCUCAAAUGUUUCAAUAUCACCUGAUGAAAAAAUCGUAGCAUUAGCCACAACGCGUGGAAUAAUAUGUGUUGUUACUUUAAAACCAACUAUAAAAUUAAUUGCUACAUCGAAUGAACAUGCUUAUGAAAAAAUUAUGUGCCUCUGUUGGAAUGAUAAUAGUUCUGAAAUAUAUAUUGGUGAUGGCACUGGCAAAGUUUCUGCAAUUGUAUUAACCGUUUUCACAAUGAAUGGAAUGUUUCAAUCACCGUCUUGUACAUUAAUGAAUCUAGAUUCGAGUAUUGUACAAUUAAAUUUUUCAUCACCUCUUUUAUUGAUAUCAACUUUAACACGCUGUUAUAUAUGUGAUACAGUUCAUGAACAAUAUAAACAAAUAGGUAACAAAGGAAGAAAUGGAGAAUUUGGUGCAUGUUUUUAUAAAAUACAAAUUGAUGAAAAUGUUAAAACUUCAGCUGCUGUUAAGAAGGGGCAAGAUAUUGUUAAAAAGAAAAGUUCAUUUAGUUUUAUUUCAGAAAGUAAUAGUAAUAUAUCAGAGUCUAUUUCACCAAAAAUUUUUUGUGCCCGACCUGGUUCAAGAUUUUGGGAAGUAUCUGCGAGUGGCGUAGUUUUAAAAACUCAUCAAUUUAAAGAAUUAUUAGCGAUACCACCUAUGAAAAUACAUAAAGUAACUAAGCAAGCAUUAGAACAAAAAAAAUAUAUUAAUCAUUCAUGGACUUCACAAUCGAUCAAUUUUCCUCAAUUAUUUGUAAUUGCUUCCAAGUAUUUGUUUUCUUACACAUCUAAUGGCUUAUAUAUUCUUGAUCUUGUGAAUCCAAAUGUAAUACUAUGGAAUAAUGAAUUUACAAACAUUACAAUGGUAGAUGUCAUAGGAAAUAAAAUAUAUUUAAUGAUCUCUGAUAAUGAGUUCCAUUGUUUAACAUUUUAUACGCUUGAUGCAUUAAUAUUGCACUUGUAUUAUACUAAACAGUAUUACAAUUGCUUAGAAACUUGUAUUACAUACAAAUCGCAGCUAUCGAAAUUAAUUAAUGAUAAAUAUAUCAAUGACAUCUACGGUAUUGAAACUAAUCAACGAAAAUUGGAGAACGAUGAGAUAUCAGUAUUACUGCAACCAUUAAUUUCUAUACUGAAAUCAAAUUUAAAUUCUAGUCCUAUAAAAUUAGAUUCAGGUAUUGUUGUAGUUAAUUCAGGAAAUUUGAAACAAAAAUUUAACGAAGAUCAACAAAAUAAAUUGACACAACAAAUUUGUUCAUCUUCCGAAUCUAUUCAAAUGUCCUCUAUACAAAAUACACCUUCGGAUAUUAAAAAUAUAUUAGAAUUAAACAGUAAUCUAUCAUCUACAUUAGAUGAAAAUUUAAUAAGAAAGAUACAAAUUGAUUUAGAACCUAUAUGUACAUUAUCUAGCAGCAUAAAAAUCUCAAUGACUGAAAAAGAGAUGGAAAUGUUUAUUCUUGAUAUACGUAAAAAAAUGGACAAUAUCGAAUGUUUAUACAAAACUUUACCUCAGUUUAAAGAUUUGGCAUGUGAUAUAAUACAUAUUGCCAAAAUUAAUCUUACCAAAACAUUUCUGACAAAUGUAUCGAUAGAAUUAUUACGUUCUACAAUGAAUAUGAUUAUUACAGAUCAUUUUAUAGGUGCUUUCAUUCUUAUAAAUACAUCUAAUUAUAAGGAAUGUACCUGUGGUUUUCCAUUUCCAAUAGAUCAAAUAAAAGAGCCAAGCUUUUUAGAAAUUGGCAAAACUCUUUUACAAAAACUUGUAAAUAGAAGUACAGAAAGAUGUAUACAUUUAUGUAAUAGAGUACCUUAUAUGUGGAGAGAAUAUACGACUUUGUAUAUAAAAGAACAAUACGCUAUAGAAGACAUACUACGACAAUGCCUUUUAACUCAAGAUAGUGUUACAUUGUCAAUUAUUUUACCAAUAUUAGAUGUGAAUCAGUGGAAAUUAAUUACAAUGUAUUUAAAAAAAAUGAAUGAUAAAAAGUGUCUCUCUUGUGAAAAAUUAAUAACAUUAGAAACAAAUAUUUCUUCAAUAAAUUGGAACAGAGUAAUAUUUGAAGUUAUGAAAAGGGAUGGCCCAGAUAUAGCUAUGGUAUUUUUUAAAAAAUUGGAAAUGUUACUUCCUCUCGAAUCAUUUGAUAAAAGUAUAUUUCAGUCGUUUAUAUUUUCGAAAAUUUUACAUCAUCAUGGCAUGCAAUUGGCAGUAGAUUUUAAAUGCAAUUCCAAUAUAUAUGGAUAUAAUACAAUGUGUUCCACAAAGAUUCGAGAUCAAUUAAUAAAGGUAUUAAAAAGAGAUAUAGCACGAUUUGAUAACAAAAAUAUAUUAAGCACUGGUGCUCAUCAUUGGGGAAUGCAAUAUAAAUCUAAAAAUAAGUCAUCGACAUGUCCAUGUUGUACUCUUUCUCUCCAAACAUCAGUUCUCUUAGAUAAUAAUGGUAUAGCAAUUUUCCCCUGUGGUCAUACAUAUCAUGUAAAUUGUAUGAUAGAAAAAAAACUCACUAAAUGUAAUCUUCAUUGAUGAAGUAUAUAUAUAUAUAAAAAUAAUAAAAUAAAAGAAAUAUAUAUAUAUAAAAUAUUGGAAAAAACUUUUUGGACAUUCUAUCAAAUAUUAUAGUGCUGAAAUAAUUAAUGAUAAUAGCACGUGCGUUAUGAUAGUAGAUCAUACAAAAUGUAUAUAUUCUUUGUACUUAAAAGAUUGUCUAAAAAGACUGUAUAUCAUAAUAUAUUUAUUAUAAUUUAAUAUAA